UCCCGGGUUCGCUGUUCAUUUCUCGUUCUCUCUCUGUUUCUCUUGAACUCUCUCGAGACAAACACCUCGUCAUCGAAGCUCGCUCUCUCGAAGCUCAGCUCGCUCAGCUCAAUCUCACCCUCAAUCGGUCGCGCCGCCGCCUUCCCAUGGCCCUCGCCAACCACUUCCUCGCAGCUCCCGCCGAAACCUCAUUCUUCCCCAGGUUUUCACUGCCCACUCCGUCUCCUUCUUGUUCCGAUGCGGAUUCUCCGUCGUCUGCUCGCAUUUCGCCCACUCGCUCGUCUUCGAUGAAUCGGAGGAUUUCUCUGUGCAGAAGCUCCAGACUGCGCAGAGAUAAAGAAAUAGUUAAGGCCGCGCCUCAGGAAUCUGAAGUUAGUACGGCUGCAGAAGCCUUCAACAAUUUCAAGCACCUACUUCUGCCAAUAACAGAUCGAAAUCCUUACCUUUCUGAAGGAUCUAGACAGGCUGUAGCAACUACUGCAGCUUUGGCAAAGAAGUAUGGAGCUGAUAUCACUGUUGUUGUUAUUGACGAAAAGCAGAAGGAAACACUGCCAGAGCAUGAGACCCAACUAUCUAGCAUCCGUUGGCAUCUGUCGGAAGGUGGAUUCCAAGAAUAUAAGUUGUUAGAACGUCUUGGAGAAGGGAACAAACCAACGGCUAUUAUUGGCGAGGUCGCUGAUGAUCUAAAUUUGGAUUUGGUCAUUCUCAGUAUGGAAGCUAUCCAUUCUAAGCACGUGGAUGCAAACUUGUUAGCAGAGUUUAUUCCAUGUCCCGUCAUUCUUUUACCAUUGUAAAUUUGUCACUUUGCAAAGAACAGCAAGAUAGUGUAACUUUAUCCUCAAGCGACACUUUUGACCAGAUGAGGGGUUUCUCCAUUGAUUUUGCUUCUACUCUUUA